UUAACUUGCACUACAGUGCCUUUUUUAAAAUGGACUAUACUUAGACUACGAAGACCUUGUCUAAGGAUAAGUGUGGCUUUUUACAGCACUGCACAAUGCUCACUUUCCGGGAUAUCAAUGCGGUAACUUUCUCGUUAGCGUUAGCUUGACACAGCAGCUAGCUAGGUCACAAUUAGCAGUGGUGGCUAACUUUAUGUUGCGGCGGUGUUUAGUUGUUAGAGCCUAUACACGCAAGUAAUGUAUGGCAGCUUGGGUUAGCGAGGUAAAACAAGGUGUCAACAGAGUUGUGGACAACAUCUGUAGGCUCUCACCAGAUCUGUUUGCUGAAUCAUGUCAGCACAUUCUGAAUUAUCUUCAAGGGCAGACUGGAGGAGUAGAUUCAGCUAAAAUUUCUGAUAGAUUUCAGAGAGCUGGAGUCAUACUUGACCAUGAAGCACAACAGAACAUUAUCAGAUUUCUCUUGUUAACAUUCAGGUCAGCUGGGAAGAGCACCCUCUCUGGGGAUGAUCUUGUGUCGAAGUUGGAAGAAGGCAGUAACAAGUGGCCCAAAGCUUCCCUUCAGGUGGUGCACAGGUUAUGGAGUGAACACGGUGCAUUAGUCCACGCUCAGCAAGAGACGCAGGACAUGCUCAGCAUUGGCCAGUUAGUGGACAUACAGUGGAAGCUUGGCCUGGCAGUGAGCUCCGACACCUGUCGGUCUCUCAACUCCCCUUUUGUGUCUCUACUGCUGAAGAUUGCGGAGCCCUCUGGACAGAUCAGUCAGAGGUCUUUUGAGAUGACCAUUCCACAGUUUCAGAACUUUCACAAGCAGGUCAAGGAGAUGGCAGCUGUUAUGGAGACUGUAUGAUGGUCGCAAGCACUCCUAGGCAUGUCUCGCUAUUGCACAGAGCCACAAAGGAAGAGCAGCUUGAUCCAGCUGUUUUUCUGCUGGCUGUAUCAAAACAUGGAUACAAAUGACUCCAGUCGUCAGUUGCUGGUUCUGCACUUCUGUUUUGAUCAUGAGCUCCUAUGUGGUUUACUUUGAGGACCUCCAGCCUUUAACUUUGUACUUUUAAAUAGUACAGAAAGAAAAUACUUUUUAACAGUGAACACAGCCAUUGUUUAUGUCGCUGUUACAUAAUUUAAUCAAUGUUAAGAGAUUGUGAUUAGCUCACUAUACAACAUCCUUCCUGUCUCGUAUCUGUUUGUGGUUAUAUUUCAUAUCUAUAUUGCAGUACAAUUUGUUUGCAAUGAAAAACAUAUUACGUUAAAAUAUCCACAUUAACUGCUGUAGACUUCAUGCUUCCUUUUAAUGUCUCCAUCAUGAAGAUUCAAUGCUGUUUGUGUUAUGCAUACUAUAUGUUUGUAAGUAUGUCUGUGCCUUUCUUUUACUUUUUCUCCAUAUUUACUUUGAUGUUAUGCAACAGUGAUGCAUAAAAUAAAUAUUAAGUGUAAACCUUCA